CCCUCAUUUGGACUAAAUGUAUGAUGUCAUUUAUCAAAAAUAAUGUCAUCUCUAAUGACUCUUGAAGUCGUAUUAAAACACCUGAAUGAAUGAGAAGUGUCAUUUGCAGUUUCCAACAUUCCAACCACACAGGGCCACAAAUGUGUCCUCGCUUGUGUCAGUGUGUUGAGAGGAGGAAAGUCUAAGCUGAUUUGCCCAAAAGAAGAAGUGAUAUAGACGACUAACAGGAAGUAGCUGUACGCUGUAUAAUAUAGCUGAGUUCUGUUAAGAAGCACCACUACAGAGACAGUAAGCAAGUGUGAAAAGAACAGGAACAGAAGAGAGAGAAACUGAACGAUGGUUGAAUUCAGAUGGAUUAAAAUGUUUCUAUAUCUGAUACUACUGCAUCAGUGUACAGCAUCUGUCACUGUCAGAGCUGGAGAUGAAGUCCCUUUGCCGUGUGAAGAUGUGAUCAAUAAUCAGCGUGAAUGUCACAGUAUUACCUGGAGCUUCGGUCGUGUAUCUGGGAGAGCAGUGGCAGAUGUGGUUAAAGAAGGACAGAUUGUUGAAAACUCCAAUAACUCAGACAGACUGAGUACAGAGAACGGUUCUCUGGUUAUACAGAAGGUCACAGAGGAGGAUUCUGGUCGUUACACCUGCAGACAAUGUAACAGAUCUGACACUGUUGAUCUGUCUGUUGUUACCAUGACUGAACAGAAGAACAAUAAGAAUGUGACGUUAAACUGUUCUGUGUCGUCACAUGAAGGGUGUGGACACCAGGUGAAGUGGCUGUUUCAUGGUAGAAAUGUAGAUAAAGAUAACAAAGACUUGAAUAUAUCACAUUUUAACUGCUGGACCAGUGUGACCUUCAUGACUUCUCAUUAUAUUUACACGUCGGAGGAUUAUUAUAAGAUACUGAAGUGCAACGUGACUGAUGGUCACACUCGAAAAGUGUUCAUCUUUGACCUUCAGUCGUCAGGUGAGACAACAGGAGUGAACAAAACAGCACCUAGAGGCAAGGAUUCAACCACAAAGCCACAACUAGAUUGGUGGUGGUUGUACGUCGUAGUACCUGUGGGUGGAGCAGCACUCUUUAUAACUGCUGUGGCACUCAUCGGAAGGAGGAGAAAUAAAGGAAACAAAUCAAAUGAGGACGAAAACAUGGCUGAUCCUGAAGGUGGUGUUUCCUACGCCUCCAUCAGCUACACCAAGAAGACCAACAGGAGAGCCCAGGUUCAGGGCGAUGAAGAUGCAGUGACCUACAGCACGGUGAAAGCUCCCUCUUCUUCUGCUGAUCCCAGCGACGUCUAAGCCUCCGUCAACACACCAAACUAUAGCGCAGUACAGCUACAUCUAAGAAGAUUACAUUCAUUUUUACUUGAUUGUUCAUUAGUUAGAGCAUACACUCAUUUCACUCACUUUGGAUUUCACUCAAUCCAAAUCUUGAGAGUAUUUUAAGCCUCAUGCUAUAUAACUCUAUACCCUAUAACCCUAUAAUUUAUUGUAGGUUUAGUUUUUUUGUUUUUUGUACAGGUGCACAACUGCAUUUUAACAUAAAUAUUAGCUUUUCCUUUUUUGUACUGCUGUAAAAAGCUUUUUAACCAGAAGGCCAUAAGGGGGGGCUGCACGUUAGGUUAUCUCCACAAUGUUUUAGUCCAGUAUUCAUAUGGCUGAUUGCCAUAUAAUUUGACUUUUUGCUCAGUGAACUUGCUUUUAGGCA